AUGUUAUUUCUGGCGAAAGCUGUUAACCUGACACUUCAUCAAAUGAUCCUCUAUCCAUUUAUUCUACAGGGUGGUGAUCGAGAAAUUCUUUCUGCUAUUUUGGCCCAGGAAAAGGAGGCGAAUCCCGAUCGCAUUCCUUACUUUCUUAGUACUUUAAAAGAGCCACCAGGCUAUUUCCUCCUCGCCUUCAUGCCAAACAGACGAGCCCAUUUCGACUCAUUCUCAAUCAGGCCAGAGGGUUUUCGAUAUCGGGACUACAUCUUCCCCACCCUGGAUCGGAUGAUCGCAUAUUUUAAGGAGCACUAUAACGAUCAGGCUAGU